UGAGAGCCGAGGCGCGCUCACUCUCCUGUCAGAACGUUUUUCCAACAACACACUUUCACCUUUUUGGAUCGAGCUCCGUGGAUCCUGAAACUUUCACUGAGUCAUGACGCCGUCCGGAUUAUAUCUGAAGAUCCCGUUGGUGUUCUGUUUCCUGAGACUGACUGCAGCGUUUCCUCAUUCCUGCAAAGACGACGCGUAUCCACACGGAAACAUCUGCUGUAGAAACUGUCCUGCAGGUCAGCGUGUUGUCUCUCACUGCAGCACAGCAGGAGGUGAGAGUGUGUGUGAGGAGUGUCAGGACGGCACGUUCACCGAGCACGAUAACGGACUAAAGCAGUGCUUCAAGUGUGCGCAGUGUCGCUCAGAUCAGGCAGUGGUGCGGCGAUGUUCUCACACUCAGGAAACUGAAUGUCAGUGCACAGCGGGGAUGUUCUGUUCUCCGGAUGAAGCCUGUGAAGUGUGCAGAAGAUGCUCCAGUUGUGCACCAGAUGAAGAGACGGUGAGGAACUGCACGUCCACCACCAACACCGAGUGCAAGAAGAACGCUCCCAAAUCUGACCCUGACUCAGAAAAGGCCGCUUGGAUUGUGCCACUGGUGGUGAUGGCUGCUGCUCUGAUAAUAGCUGGGAUAAUAAUUGCCAUGUGGAGACGUCGUAGAGCAAAAGAGUCUCAGAGCAGUGCACCUGACGGGCUGAAAGCUGGACAGCUUUUCAGCGUCAGCUCCUCUGAUGGUCGCAGUAAUGGAGACCGCCCCCUGCUGGUGAGAUCCAGGUCCUGCAGGGAGGAGGAGGAGGAGCGUAGAGUCCUGUGUGAGAGCCUGAGCAGCUCCACCACUAACUCUCAGCUCAGCCUGACUGCUCUCCCCCCCGCUAACCCCCCGCCUCCCAGCAGCCGCCCGGCCCGCAAGAAGUCCAGCAUGAGGGAAGAAGAGUCCUUUCCCAAGCUGGUUCCUAAUAAUGGUGACGACUCUCUGAGGAAAUGCUUCCAGUUUUUCGAUGAGCUCGACUUCGCCUUCCACAGCAGAUUCUUCCGUCACUUGGACGUUUCCGACAACGACAUAAAAAGCAAAGAGCACCUGCACGAGGAUAAGAUCUACGUGCUGCUGAACAUCUGGUUGGAGAUGAAGGGCCGAGACGCCUCGUUGAACGACCUUCUGCGAGCCUUAUUGGAUCUAAACCAGAGGAGAACGGCGGAGAAUAUCAAGGACAAAGCUCUUCAAUACGGUCAUUACACCUGUCAGAGUUUAGAGGGAAAUAACUGAGAACUUUGAGGGGAAAAAGUUGGACAUUUGAUGAAAAAACAAGUCAGAAUUUUGAUGAAAAACAAGUCAGAAUUUUGAUGAAAAACAAGUCAGAAUUUUGAUGAAAAAACAAGUCAGAAUUUGUGAUAAAAAAACAAGUCAGAAUUUUGAAGAAAGUCAGCAUUUUGUGGGAAAAGUCAGAAUUUUGUGGGAAAAGUCAGAAUUUUGUGGAAAAAGUCAGAACUUUGAUCAAAAAACAAGUCAGAAUUUUGAUGGAAAAUAAGUAUUAUGAGGAAAAAUUAAGAAUGUUUGAGAAUUUCAAUUUUUUUUAACGACUUUUUAGGGAUUACAAUAAGACUUUUUGAGGAAAGAAAUGUAAGAAUUUUGAGGGUAAAAAAUGUAAAAAUGUUGAGGGUAAAACAUUAAGAAUUUUGAGGAAAAAGUCCAGAGUCUUAUGGCGGUGUUUUGAGAUCUUUUUGCAUCCCGCCCGAUUUGCACCUCAAAGAACGCUCAUAUAACGUUUGGAGGAAUAAUCCAGAAAAAGAAGAAACACAUCCUCAGUGUGUGUGUUACUGUACGGUGUGAAAUCAGACUUAUUUACACGCCUGUUUCACCACACACACACACACACACACACACUGCUAAAUCACAGCUUUUACUCUGUGGUUUUUCGUGUGACUGAAAGUAAUUUAUUUUCUCUCCACUCCUCAACAAGUGUGGGAUAUUUAUUAUAAAAAGUAUUGGCUGUUUGAGUAUUGCAAAUAAGCCCUGAAUCAAAAAAAAAAAAGUGUUUUUUUGAUGAUCCUGAACAUGUGUUUAUUUAUUUGUUUGUCAUUGAAAUGCAAAUGUGUACUGUGUGAGCAAAGGAACACACGUUGAACAAAAUGCCCUGAAAAGCAGAUUACUACGUGAGCACGUGAAUGUAAUAAUGUUUCAGUUUAUUUGUAUUUAUCUGCAUCUAUUUCGGGUGUGUUAUCACAGUCAAACAUGUUGAAAGUUUACAAAAAACCCUAAAAAAAGUGCCUUUUCUACGUGUUACAUCAUUUAUAUUUAUACUUUUCUACAUGUCUGUUGCUUAUCUUCAUUUUCAUGUUUUAUUUUUUAACUGCAGAUAAGUUAACAAGAUAAAUUCAACUUUAAAGGCCUUUUAAAUUUAGUAAUUGUCCUUUAAAGUAUUUAUAUUUGUACUGAAUUGUACGUGCGUUUGUGUAAUUUCAUCUCGACACUACAUGUACAUGUGUUUGAAUAUUUAUAAUGUGCAUUGUGCCUUUUCCAAAUAAAGAGAAUAAGAUGAAGAA